GAAAUGAAACAGUAGUCUAGUAUGACACUAUACUCUCUCUCUCUCUCUCUCUCUCUCUUUCUCUCUCUCUCUCUCUUGUUCAGGUAAUUACAUUUCAUUGAUGGAGAUGAUGACUGAUGAGAUACCGAAACGCCCCUAUUUUCACCACCAAGUAAAAUAAUAAAGAAAUUAAGAAAACAACUUCGCAACAGAACUCUAGAAAGCUGCAAGCUUGCUUCUUUUUCUUCUUUUCAUCGUCGUCUGUAUUUCUCUUCUGCGAAUUUCACUAUUUCUUAUUAAUAUUUGUUAGAGGCAGGGAGGAAAUUGCGGACACUAACUUUCUAAUACAUUUCUGGAACGAAUGGAUCAGGGGCACUCAACUAAUGCUGUGGACGAUAAGCAAGGCGAGUAUAUUCUGAUUAAUGAUGCUGAGGAACCUCAGUUGGGACUGUUUGACAAACCCCUUCCUUGUUUCGGCUGCGGAAUUGGAUGGUUUUCUCUCUUGCUUGGAUUUGUGUGCCCAUUGAUUUGGUACUUUGCAACAAUUCUCUACUUUGGGAGAUACUACCAUAAGGAUCCAAGAGAACGAUCAGGGCUAGCUGCCUGCACAAUAGCUGCUACGCUAUGCACAAUAGCUGCAGUGAUUGCCCUACUCGUUAUUUUGUUGUAGUUUGUUGUAGUCCUUGCCACCACAGUUUCAUAUAAGCAAUGGCUACGAAACCGACGCUAUGUGGGUACGACUUUCAUUCAUUAGUUCCAAUGAAAAGAAGAAAGAGCAUCGGUGAUACCAAGGUUCUAAAUAUGUGAAGCCUGUAGCAUUUACUGAAUACUUCUUCAGUCUUGUGCAUAAAACAGUGAACUUUUAAGGGAGAAAAAAAAUUUGUUAAAUAUCCAUUUAAUGGGAAAUAUAUAAAUUAAUGUGUAGCAAA